CCGUCCCUCAGUGAGGUUUCUCUUCGUUUCAUGUUUUCUCCUCCUCCUCACUUCAUCCGCUCUUGUCUUCCUACUGUGAUGGGGAGCACGUUCGAAUCCCAUGACUCCAUUAAUGAAAACCAGAACGAGCUUCUCAUAACACAUACCGUGGGAGAGUGCAACAACCUUAGUGUUAACUUGAACUGCCCUAUUUGCAUGGACGUUUGGGUCAACAGAGGCGAACACCACAUCUGUUGUCUUCCUUGUGGACACAUAUAUGGCAUGUCUUGCAUCAAGAGAUGGCUUCAACGCAACCACGGUUCAGGCAAGUGUCCUCAAUGUAAUGAGACAUGUUCGUUGGUAGAUGUGAGGAGACUCUAUGCUUCCGUAGUAGUUGCGGAUGAUGAGAAGGUUAAUAGUACAAACUUAUUUAUACAAAGAUCACAAGAAACUUUCAAGAAAAUUUAG